GUCGAGUUUGGAUGCGAAGACCCGAGGAAUCCGGUCAACUACUCAUGGGUGCGAAAAUGGUGCAUUACCCUAUUCGUUUGUGCAUUCAAUGGGAUCACUUCCCCAGCGACUCCAUCAUUUGCCAUGGGUUUUGAUUCCAUGAUACGGGAUCUAAACUGCACGCGCUUUCAAGCAACCGUUGCAUACUGUCUCUUUUCUCUAGGCUUUGGUAUUGUUCCCCUGUUCACGUCCUCACUGAGCGAGGAAAUUGGAAGGAGGCCAAUUUACUUGGUAUCGGUGUUCUUCGGGGCUAUGUGCAACCUGCUCGCUGCUCUCUCCGAUAAUAUUCAAACCGUUAUGGUCGCACGUGUCUUGGGCGGUGCUUUUGCUUCGACUGGUGCAAUACUAGUGGGUGGCACGAUUGCUGAUAUAUGGAAGCCUGAGGAACGUGGCCUACCUAUGGCUGUUUUCUCCAUGGUGAGCAUGGUUACCACUGGUCUAGGGUCGAUCAUCUCUGCUUGGCUGGAACUGGACCCUAAUCUCCAAUGGAGAUGGAUCCAGAAAAUUCAAGCGAUGCGCGGGACCUACUUUCUUCUCAGCCUAUUUAUAAUGGAGGAGACUCGGCCACAAAUUAUCCUCCGACGCAUAGCCAAGAAACUCCGUAAGGAGACUGGGGACAAUCAGUACCGCGUCCGGGGAGAGGAGACACGUCCAAAAUUGAGCACCAUGAUUAAGAUAUCGUGUACUCGUCCAAUCAUGUUUGUUCUCACCGAACCCAUCGUGACCAGUAUAUGCAUUUGGGUCUUUUUCAUGUCCGGUGUGCUCUACGUCCAGAUUGGAUCCGUGUCUGGGGUUUUCAAGCACAUAUAUCACUUCAACGUCGGGCAGAGCGGAUUAGUGUUCAUUACCGUCGUCGUGGGAAGUAUAAUGGGACUCCUUGCCAAUUUCUAUCAGGAUGUGCUAUACCGGAAAUGCGUGUCUCAGAGGGGCCCUGAAGCACGGCUGUACAUCGCUUGUCUAGUUGCACUCUUGCUGCCUACAUCAAUAUUCAUCUAUGCAUGGACAGCCGACUCUCGCAUCUUCUGGAUGUGGCCUGUUGUCGGUUUAUCGAUCUUCAUGUUUUGUUCAUUUGUUUCAUACCAGGUGGUUUUCAUUUAUCUUGCAGACUGCUAUGGUCCAAUGGCGUCUUCUGCUUUGGCGGGUCAGGGCUUAGCUCGCAACAUGGGUAGCUUUGGGUUUCCUCUCUUCUCCCACAUGAUGUUCAAGAAGCUCACGUACAAAUGGGCCAACACUAUCUUCGGUGGCGUUGCUGUCAUCCUGAUUCCAGUCCCUUUCGUUCUUUUCUUUUACGGACCCUUGCUUCGAAAACACAGCACAGUGUGCAGCCAGCUAAUGCAAGUUGAAGAAAAACCAGAACAGCUUGAAGUUCCUAAAUGUCAGCUAAACUAG